GUGUCAUCACUCUCACUUGAGCUUCUGCUGCUCGUUGACACACACACGUACGCUGGUUAAUUGCAAAAUUCGGUUUUCUGCCUGACAUCUGUGGGAAAGCCUUUUAUUCUGUGGGACCUUCGCCUCAUUAGCAUUGUUGCCAUCAUGACGAUAAGCAUCGCUCUAAUAUGGGCAGUGCUGGUCGGGUUCUGCUGCAUCCUUUGGCUGGCUGUGGGGACACGACGCAGGCAGCCUAGGGAGCCUGCAGUUGAAAAUGGCUUUCUACCCUAUCUUGGUUGUGCUCUGCAAUUUGGGACCAACCCUCUCCAGUUCCUGCAUAGCCGUCAGAAGAAGUAUGGCCACAUUUUCACCUGCAAGAUUGCCGGCCAGUACAUUCACUUCCUGUGUGACCCCUUCUCUUACCACUCAGUCAUUAGACAAGGUAGACACCUGGACUGGAGGAAAUUCCACUUUGCAACAUCAGUAAAGGCAUUUGGCCAUGACAGCUUCGACCCUCGCCAUGGCCACACCACAGAAAAUCUCCACCAGACUUUUCUGAAGACACUGCAAGGCGAGGCAUUGCCCUCCCUGAUUGAGAGCAUGAUGGAGCAUCUCCAGAAUGUAAUGUUGAAGUCCAACACACUCAGUCCAACCAAGAAUCACUGGGAAGUGGACGGCAUUUUUGCUUUUUGCUACAAGGUGAUGUUUGAGUCGGGCUAUCUGACAUUGUUUGGUAAAGAGCUCGGUGAGGAUAAGUGCCAGGCCCGGCAGGCAGCUCAGAAAGCCUUGGUGCUAAAUACGUUGGAGAAUUUCAAGGAGUUUGAUAAGAUCUUCCCAGCUUUAGUGGCUGGCCUGCCUAUCCAUGUCUUUAAGAGUGCCUACAGUGCCAGAGAGAAUCUAGCAAAAACAAUGCAUGCUGAAAAUUUGUCUAAGAGGGAGAACGUCUCGGAUCUGAUCUCUAUGAGGAUGAUCCUGAACGAUUCUUUAUCCACCUUCAAUGAUGUCAGCAAGGCCAGAACUCAUGUUGCGCUGCUUUGGGCUUCACAGGCUAAUACCUUGCCUGCAACCUUUUGGAGUCUUUUUUACAUGAUAAGAAGUCCAGAUGCAAUGAAAGCAGCUCGUGAGGAGGUGCAAAGAGUCCUGGAGGCUUCAGGUCAGGCUGUUAACCCAAGUGACCCCACGUUGAACCUGAAAAGGGACCAAUUGGACAAUAUGCCUGUUUUGGACAGUAUUAUAAAGGAAGCCAUGCGUCUAUCCAGUGCGUCUAUGAAUGUGCGUGUUGCCAAAGAAGACUUUUUACUUCACCUUGACAACCAGGAGGCUUAUCGUAUCAGGAAAGAUGAUGUCCUCGCCCUGUACCCCCCCAUGCUGCACUACGAUCCAGAGAUCUAUGAAGACCCCUAUGAAUAUAAAUUUGACCGGUUUCUGGAUGAAAAUGGCCACGAGAAAACCAGUUUCUAUCGUAACGGCAGGAGAUUACGCUACUUCUACAUGCCCUUUGGCUCUGGGGUCACCAAAUGCCCUGGCAGAUUUUUUGCCAUAUAUGAAAUUAAGCAGUUCUUGACUUUGGUGUUGUCUUACUUUGAAAUGGAGCUUCUGGACCCUGCCAUCAAAGUCCCACCUCUUGACCAGUCACGUGCUGGCCUAGGAAUCCUUCAACCAACAUAUGAUAUUGAUUUUAGAUACAAAUUGAAAUCUAACUUUUAAUUUUGUUGUUGUUGAGAAAAAAACAUGUCAAAAUGUACAUAGUGUAUAUUUAAGUACUGGAUGUUCAUGUAGAGGUCUUGCUACAUAUGUAAAUAGAUGUUUUCACCGCUGUAUAUUAUGCAUUGAUUUGUUGCUCUGGAACAUAAAUUAUGCCCGUUAUAGAGUCAAAUAAAACAUUCAAGAUGUUUUAUUUCA